CUGCUUUCCCCAGACUCCGGCUCAGCCCAGAAUCCCGGACUCAGCCUCCGCUCGCGCCUCCGCCCGAUGGAAACUGUCCGCGAGCGACUUUCUUCGUCCGAACACCCGGCGACAGGCAAAACUCUGGAAGGACAUAGUAUCAACAUCUGAAAAGAUAAGGAAGAUGGGAACAGUCAUGGAAAAACAAGGAAAAUCUUCCCAAAAAAUCUCCAAAUUCAGAAGGUUUCAACCUCAAAUUGGUAUGUGAAAGAAUACCAAUAGAUAAUAACUGAUUCAAAGAUCAAACAAAAAUGGAAGAAAUAUACUGAAAUUAUAUAUAUUAGGAGUGUCAACAUCCAAGAUAUUUUAAAAGUAAUAACAUGAGCUUGUACCACUAAAAUAUAAAGUGUUGAACUUUGGAGAAAACAUUUGCAAUACCAAGGAUAGACAAGAAAACAAAUGGAUCAUAAAACAAGUCAGUCCAGAAUUCACAUUCAAAGCACAAAUGACUAUGUAGGCCUAAAUUAUUAUAUUUUGGACCCAUUACAGGAAGACCUGGUUCCCUCGAAAAGUCUCUUGUGAUGGGAAGCUGGAAAGAAAGACGGCAAAGAGCAACAAGAUGAAUUGACUCAAUUACAAUGGUGGUCUGUGCCAUUUUGAGGACAGAUCAUCCUGGAGAAGAUCAUUUAUGUGGUGCAGAGUCUUUACUGGCCCUUACGAAAGAAACCCAGGAAAGCGAAGGCAAGAUUUGAAGUUGCACCAGCGACCCCUACAGGACACAUAGGAGCGGUGCUGGCGGAGCAAGGAGCUGGACGCCCGGCAAAUGCACGCCGAGUGGGCGGGCCUUGAUUAGAACUGCUGGAAUGAGAACAGUCGCGCGUCUGCGCAGAACUCCGCUCCUCUCUUUCCGGGAUCGGUGGUUUCAGGAGUGGAACCUGCAAUUUUCAAAAGUGGAUCGAGAUCAUGGAAAAAAGGAGAGACUCCAACCCAGUGGGGUCGUUACUAGCAGCCGCUCGGGAAGUGUACAAAAGGGUUUAUGGCGGGGAAAAUCCUAAAAUUGCAGUGUCGGCCCCCGGAAGGGUAAAUUUGAUCGGAGAGCACACCGAUUACAAUCAAGGUUUCGUGCUACCUAUGGCCAUACAGAUGAGAACGGUCGUGGUUGGGAGUCCAAGGGAAGAUGGAAUAAUAUCCAUAACUACAACUGCAGAGGAAACGGAAGAGCCUAAAACUGUGCAGUUUCCAGUUCCAAGGGAAGGUGUUUCCUUGAAACCCGGAGAACCUCGCUGGGCUAAUUAUGUAAAAGGGGUUAUCCAGCAUUAUAAAGCUGGCCCCCUCCCAGGAUUUGAUGUUGUGGUAGAGAGUAAUGUACCAAUAGGUGGUGGUCUCUCAAGUUCAGCCUCCUUAGAAGUGGCCAUGUACACCUUCCUGCAGCAGCUCUCGCCUGAUGACAUGGAUCCAGUUACUAAGGCACUGGUGUGCCAGAAAGCAGAACACACCUUUGCAAUGAUGCCUUGCGGAAUCAUGGACCAAUUUAUCUCUGUAAUGGGGAGGGAAGGACAUGCCUUGCUGAUCGACUGCAGGUCCUUGGAAACUCGCCUGGUCCCUUUGACUGACCCAGACUUAGUUGUUCUCAUCACCAACUCCAAUGUACGACAUACUUUGACAGGCAGCGAGUAUCCCACACGUCGGCGUCAGUGUGAAGAGGCAGCCAAGUUGCUGGGAAAGGCAAGCCUGAGAGAAGCCAACAUGUCAGACUUAGAGGAGUCCAGGAGCCUCCUGAGUAAGGAGAUGUACAGGCGAGCCAGGCAUGUGAUUGGAGAGAUUGAACGCACAGCUAGAGCAGCCGAAGCUCUGGAGGCCAGAGAUUAUAAGAGGUUUGGAGAGCUGAUGGUAGAGAGCCACAAUUCUUUAAGGGAUGACUAUGAAGUUAGUUGUCCAGAAUUAGAUGAGCUGGUAGCUGCUGCCAUGGAAGUUCCUGGAGUUUAUGGUAGCAGAAUGACUGGUGGAGGUUUUGGAGGUUGCACCGUAACUCUUCUUGAAUCAGGAGCUGCAGAAAAAGUCCUGAAACAUAUCAAGGACAAAUACAGCAGGACAGCGACAUUCUAUUUCACAAAACCUGCUGAUGGAUCUAAAAUACACCUCCUGUCUUGAAAGCUCUUCCACCUGGCCUGUAGGAUUCACUAAGAAAAGUGAUAAGAAAAGCAUGACAUUUUUGGACAGCUUCCUGGGACAUUAGCUUGGAGCAAAGACUUGAUUUCUUCCAUAAAAGAAGUGAAGUAUGUGAAAACCUGUGUACGCACACAGAUGUUUUUUUUUCUUUUAGCUAAGAGCCCAAAAGAGAUUUUUUUGCCUGAUUUACAAGACAAUUUGGGGCACAAAAUGUCCUUUUCAGAGAAACACUGUGAUGAGUUUGAUUAAACAGCCCUUGAUGUCUGCAUACAGUUUUCUGUGAUAAGUUCCUUCAACAACCUGGAUGGAAAUACUGAGGCUGGAAAAGUCUGGCAUAAACUCCACAACUCCAAAGCAAUUCCUUUUUAUCUUCCCAAGCAGAGACUAAUCAUGACAAUUUGCUUUCUGUUUUACAUUGUGCUCUAAACAUUGUUUCUAUUCUUUCCUUUUUGCUUACCCAUUAAUGAGUGAUCUUCCAAUAAUGAAUUAUCCACUAAACAUCUCUUAAAUAGAGUCACUUUGUGAUGAGUUUCUCCAUUGCAUGCCAUAUUAUCAUUUGUUACUGACAAGGAUGGGCUGGUGCUAGAUAAUACCCUCAACCCAUAUAAUUGGUAUAAAUGUGGUAGAAAGUGAUAGUGUAGUCAGUCACAGCAAAUUCAAAAUAAAAUAGGCAUCAUAAUGUCUAUGAGAUGAUAUGUAAUUGCAUCAUGACUUUUAAUGCAAAGAUGUAUGGUAACUUGUGUCAUUUGUAUGAUGUAAGUUGUGUCACUUAUAUGAUGUCAUGAUGCAUUUAUUAUUUGUCUCCCCUCCCUCUGUCCCAGCUCUGAUCCAGUGGACAUACAUAUUCUAAAUUAAGCAAAAUUAACACUAACGAUAGCCUUUCUUGCAAUAAAAUGUAUGAUUUUCACAUUAAAGUAAUUUGCUAUGUUUCCUUAUUGGAAACCUUCACGUGGUUAAUUUCAUUUUAGCAUGAUUAUGACCCAGCCUUGAUUUGUAAAUCAGUUUAUUAUACCAAUGUUAUGCAUAAGCACAAUGUCUUAAUAAACCAGGGUUAAACACAUCAGGGAUUAGUAAUGUGUAAACUAGCCAAUACUUGCUUAACAUCAACUAUCCACUAACCAGAUUUUAAAUUGUCAUGUGCCUAGCCUAUGUUGUUAUGUAAAGCUUGGUGUUUUGUGCAGCCAUUAUAUCCCAACAGUACUAUCCCAACUGUAUGUUUUGCAGUGGCAACAGUUAUGUUAAAAAUGAGCUUCAGCUGGGCAUUCAAAUGUAUUCAUAAAAAUUAUUCAAUUAUUCUUCACAUGUAUCUCAGCUGCUAAACAGAUGCAGACUUAACUUUUCCCAUACAAUAUUUUUUAGAGACAGAUCCCAUUACUAUUGAUGCUAAUCUUUAAUGCUAAUCUUGACAACCUUAUAUCACUUUAACUUUGGCCUUUGGAUUAUUUUAGUAACAUUUUCAGAUAGACAUUAUAUAUUUUGCUUUUAUUGCCUAAUCCUAUUGAGGUUUAGGUUUGUAUAAGAUCUGUAUCAUUGCUCUCAUUAGCAGUCAAACUUUUUUUUUUUACACAUAGCAUAUUUGAAAAUAAAAAAAAAUAGCUGCGAUCAUAGAGAAAAUGUUUAUUAAGUGCAAUACAAAGCCAUCUGGUCCGAAGCACCAUCUGUCAGAUGUCUGAAAUACUGAAACUGCAUAUGUACUUAUGUAAUUCCAUCAACCUCUACAAACCAUAAUAAUCUACAAACAUGUAAUUUACAUUAUAAUGUGUUUUUCAUUAUACAUCAGUGAAAGCAUCGGAUGCCUUUUAAAAUUUCUAUUUAGAAUGACUGUGUUAUUAAAAUAUGGCCGUUAGAUACUGUACCUCCAGUGACUCUUUGGAUUAUACCAAGAUGUGUGGUUUUUACUUUGAAGGAAAAGUUUAAUAAUAGGUAGUAAAAGUUUGCAGGAAACAGGAAAUCGUAUCAGAAAAACAAAUGGAAAGCUGUGGAGAUAAAAGUUAAUGAAGCUUCUCCUAGGAAGAAAUGAUUUGCAACUCCCUUACAAAGGAUCCAGGAAAUCAUUCAUUCAAUACAAAAGAAAUCUUGCCCUUUUAGAAGACAGUCCAGGAACUUUAACAAUUCCAUCUCUUAUGAAUGAUUCACAGCACUGAAUAUGAGAUUCUAAGAACUCCAGACUGAUACAUUUUGCCUGAAUGGACCCGGCUGCAUUACUUUUCCUAGUGGCAUUGAUCAAAUGUUCAGUUUCAAGAAAUGUUAUGUCCAUAUGUUCUGAGAACCACCCACAACUACGAGGUACCUUCAAGUCAUGUGGGGUGCAGGAUAAGCCAGCUAGCAUUACCCACACCUUGCAUGAUGAUUGGCACUGACUAAUAAACUGUCAUUUAGAUCAGGGCUCGCCAAACUUGUCAAAUUGAAGACUUGUGGACUUCAGUUCCCAGAAUUCCUCAGCAUGGAGUUGAAGUCCACAAGUCUUAAAAUUGACAAGCUUGGAGAAAACCCUGAUUUAGAUAGAUAAGAUGUUACAUAAUUACAUUCUGACCUUCUCACCGAAGAAUUCCUGGGCAGCUUCUGAAAAAUGCAGCCACAGCACCGAUGUUAAUUUGGAUUUCAGUUUGUUUCCAAAUGAAUUUUAGGAUUAUUUCCCUAAAAAAUAUGUUAACAUGAUGGUAUCAUUGUUAAUUCACCAGUUUUUAUGUGGUUGGGGAAAAAAGACCGGACAAGUAGUAGGAAAACAAUCACAUUGGGUCUCCGACCAAGGCUAUUGUAAUUGCGGCAUAAGAGCCUCAUCCCAAA